AUGGCCCAAAUAUGUACAGAAUCCCUUGACGAGAUACAAUUUGAAAUCUUUAAUAAGAUUGAAGGAUUUAUUGCUCUGAAUGAGCUUGAUAACCGUGAAAAAACUGACGCAGAGAGAUUUAAGAUUAUAGCUGAGGCUACGAAGUUGAUCUUAAAGUAUUACAACUACUUACAAGUUUUUCGAGCUAAUAUCACAACUGAUAAGGAAAAGGAAUUAUGUUCUCUAUACGAAUCGAAACUUAAAUAUUUGAAAGUGAGACUUAGAGAAGUCCAAUUGUUUGAGAAUAAUCUUGAGAAUGAAUUAAUACAUAGACGGAGAAUCGAGAAGUAUAGACCCCGAAGUACCACAGAACAGAGUUUAAAGAAGGAACUUUUUCAGGGUCGGUCGCUGAAUGGGCCAGAAAAGGCAAGUACUGAGACUGUUGAGGAUCAGAUUCUUUUUCAGAAUAAGAAAAUCACAUCUUCCUUGCAAUCCACUAGGCAUUUGUUAUCAAGCUCAAUCUUGCAAACAGAGCUAAAUAUUGACAGCUUGGACCAACAAUCUAAGGAUUUAGGAGACCUAAAUAAUCAGCUUUUCAAGCUCUCUGAUAUCCUUACAAAAUCGUCUCAAGUUGUAAAAUUCAUUGAAAAACAAGAUCGUAACGAUAAACGACGCAUAUACAUGAGCAUUUAUUUUUUCAUCGCAUGUUGCUCUUGGGUAAUUUGGAAAAGAAUUUUGAGGAUCCCUACCAAGUUUUUUCUCUGGUCUCUUUUAAGAGUGUUCAGGAUUUUUAACUGGUUAAUCCCCAAUAAAGACAUCGAAACUAUAUUCAAUAAAGAUGGAUUGGACGCUUUAGCUAGCUCUUCUAUUACGUCCUUGUUGAUAUCAACUAUUGUUUCUACUCUUGCCACUUCAAGCAUAGAUGAUGUCGAAGAAUCACCAGUUUCAUUCAAUGAUCAACAAUCGCAAUUUUCAACCGAUUCUUCUAAGUUAUAUUUUUCAGACAGUUUUGAACUAUCUUCAAAACUGCCUAGUGUUCAAACAGAUCAAGAAUAUAUCAUUGAUAUACUAAGCGAACAUGAAUCGCCAGAAUUUAAAAAUACUUUUGCUCCAGAUUGGGCUACAACUCAAAUAAAAUAUGGACAAGAAACCGAUACACUUACACCUCUGACAGAAUCUUCGAUCAGCGAAGCAAGAUUAGAAAAGGCAGACUCAACUGAAACAACUAGAAAUGGAGACGGAUCCUUACAUGAAACUCAUACAUUUCUUAGGGAUGAAUUGUAA